UGAACAGCCAUCCAGGCCACAACGUAUCAAGUCCAGACAACUGUCAUUCCUUCCACGAUACCUCGCGUAAACCUCUGCGAUCCUGUGGUCGCCUUGAGAAAAGUCAGUCGACCACUCAGAGACACCCAACAAGCAGCUCCCUGCUCACCCCUCCGCCAUCGACAAACGCUUGACCUCUACGAAUACAGAGCAAGUCACCAGCGAAACACCCAACCCUCGACAAGAUGAAACCCGUGGUAUCUGCAUUCAACGCCUGGAGCUGCACCGUCAUAUCAUGCUUCGCCGUCGUGAUUCUCUCCGUCAUCGGUAGUCUCUUUUCGAGGGAUCACCACAUCAUGAUGGGUAUGGAGGAAAACCCUGAAGACCACGCCGCGGUCGCCUCAGCCAUCUUCAUCAGCGUAGCAGUAUAUGCUGGUUUCCUGGUAUUCUGCGGAUUCCAGGCCUGGCUACAUGUACGGGCGAGUCGAAGGGGAGCAAUAUCACUAUGACAACGGUGGAUGGGAGUGAAGAGAAAGUAUAGAUGUUUUGAUCAGACAAUGGCGUUACGAGAAAUCUUUCAGCGUUUGGAGGUCAACAAAGACCUGGAAGGUGGCAGAUUCCUACCUUGGGAUUGUGGACUGAGAUACCGGCUAGCAAUUGCAGCAAUUGUACAGUGUUAUCAAGCUUCCCGAUUACGGGUACCAAAACUACAAGAACA